AAUAUGCUCUGCUUUCUUUCAGUAAGAAGUUAAUUAAGUGAAUGUGAUGGCACAAUCCAAUGAGGCAACUAUAAAUGCAAAGGAAGCAAUCUCCACCAACCUCUGCAGUGCUCAGAAACUGGAUUGUGAUGAGAGUCUUGCGUCUUUACAGCAUUUCAUUAGUACAGGCAAUGAAAAAGAAAUUUUGGCUUUGUACAACUCAUUCAUUGACCUGGCCCAAAGUCCAGAUGCACCUUGGGAGAGCAAGCAUGGUGCCUUGAUGGGCAUUCGGACCAUUAUAUCAAACAAGGGAACCCUGAAUACAUUUGAUAUACAGUCUCAGAGCAAAGAUGUCAGGGAAGUGGCUCUUGACCUCUUAGUUCAUCCUGAGAUCAGGGUUCGUUUGUCAGCAGGGAAAUUAUUGGGUGCCUUAUGUGCUCAAGUGGGACCUCCUGUGUAUGAGAGCUGUCAGAGUAGAUUGUUGGAGCUCAUCCAGGAGACCCUCAACAGUCAAAUUGAGCCUGACCCAGAAGUUUCAGAACCUGAAACUGUUACUGGAAACACAGAACAGGAAAUACAAGAAACUCAGAAGUUGCUGGAGAAGCUUGCUGGAUGCCAGAGAAGGAACUUAGCAGAUGUUGCACAAAUUUGUCACAACAUGGCUGGAUGGAAGAACCUGGAGACAAACAUGAAGGCACUGCAGGAGAUGGUCAUUGGGUGUGGGGUGGCCUUUCAGCCUUAUGUGACCAGACAGCUGCUUGAUUACAUCUUUGCUGCUAUGACUCAUGCUAAUCGCUUCAUCCGAGAGGCUGGAUUCUAUGUCUGCUCUUCUCUUGUCACAUGUGGAGCAGCUCCAAAAGAUGGUGGGAGUGAUAAUGAGAAGACUAUGUCAGAGGCCAAUCCACUAUGUGUAUAUGGAGAAGAAUUCUGUCAGCACCUGGCUAAGGGCUUGGCUGAUAACUGGAGUCAGGUUCGCUUUGCUGCCUCUGUGGCAACCAGGAAAUUCCUGAUCUCCUUGCCAAGCAAAGAUGCACAAGCCAAAUUUUUUCCAGCUCUCAUCCCUCGCAUGUGUCUCAAUCGGUACUACAUGACUGGGGGUCAGCCUGGACGCCUGUUGCUCUAUUCACAAGAUACAUGGCGACACGUUACAGAAUCACUUGGACGUAACCUAGUCACACAAUACCUUUCCCAAGUGGUGGACUACUAUAUAGAAGCAGCUGAGGCUGAAAAUGGUACAGUCCGUGAGGCAGCAUGUGCCUGCAUUGCUGAAUUGGCUGCCAAAGUUGAUGCAAGUGUUAUGAAGCAAUAUGUCCCCUGCCUCUUGGAUACCUUGCUCAGGUGUUUCCAAGAUGAUAGCUGGCCUGUUCGCGAUGGGGGGAAUGAUCAUCAUCCCCCUAAUGCCAUAGGAGCUGCAGUUGCUAUUGCAAAAGUGGUGAAAGUGUAUAAGCUUGAUGCACUGAAGAUGGUGAUGGAGAGAUUGAAACCAGGACUGGAGGGAAUCAAGGAUCAGCCCUCACAGUCUGAGAGUUAUGGAGAACUUGGCAUGGGUCAUGCAGGAUAUGGACUUGUAAAGGGGUCAAGGGACCAUGACAAAGAGUUCCAUUCUGACAAGCAAAUGUGCAAAUGUGAUUCUCUGACUCCAAAGGUGGUACAUGGUGGAAGCUCCUUGGGUAGCAUAGAUAGAAAGUUCAAAAGACCUGCCCAACCAUGGGAAGUGGCUGAUGGGUAUGUCCAUUUAAUCGGAGAGCUGAGCCAGAUCCCUGAAGCCUCAGGCUCCCUUCCACCAAUCCUUCCUAUACUGGCAGAAGCUGCACAGCAUCGUCACUAUGUUCAUCAUCUGUGCUUUCUGGAAACCCUGUGCUUACGUCUCCCUGACAUUGCCCAAGGGCUUGGCAAGAAGGUCUUCAAGUCUCACCUUGAGCUGUUCUUCGAUCCAAUCUUCUAUGCACUGCAUUUCAUCACUACUGGCAAUGAAAAGGAAAUUUGGGCUUUAUACAACUCAUUUCUUGAUCUGGCCCGAAGUCCAGACACACCUUGGGAGAGCAAGCAUGGUGCUUUGAUGGGCAUCCGGGCCAUUAUAUCAAACUACAAGGGAACUCUAAUGGUGUGUGAUUUUCAUUCCCUUACCCAAGAGGUCAGGGAAGUUGCUCUUGACCUCUUAGUCCAUCUUGAGGUCAGGGUUCGUAUUGCAGCAGGGGAGUUGCUGGGUGCCCUUUGUGCUCAAGUGGGACCCCAUGUGUAUGAGACAUGUCAAACAAGAGUCUUGGACCUUAUUCACAAGAACCUCGAGAGGCAAACUGAGCCUGACUCAGCUGUUUCAGAGCCUGAAGCUAUCACUGGAAACACAAAACAUGAAAUGCAACAAUCUCGGAAGUUGAUGGAGAAACUCACUGGAUGCCAGAGAAGGAACUCAGCAGAUGCUGCCAAAGUUUUUCAUGAUACGACUGGGUGGAAGAACCUGGAGACAAGUAUGAAGGCACUGCAAGAGAUGAUCGAUGGGUGUGGGAUGGCCUUUCAGCCUUAUGUGACCAAGCAGCUGCUUGAUUUCAUAUUUGCUGCAUUAAUGCAUACCAACCGCUUUGUUCGAGAAACUGGGUACUAUAUGUGCUCCUCUCUUGUCACAUGUGGGGCAGUUCCAAAAGGUACAAAUGAUGAUGAGAAGGCUCUAUCAGCGUCCAAUCUUCUGUGCAUCUAUGGAGUGGAAUUCUGUCAGCAUCUGGCUAAGGGCCUGGCGGAUAGUUGUAGCCAGGUUCGCCUUGCUGCCUCUGUGGCAACCAGAAAGUUCCUGACCUCCUUGCCAAACAAAGAAUUACAAGCCCAGUUCCUUCCCACUCUUAUCCCUCGCAUGUGCCUCAAUCGAUACUACAUGGCUGAGGGUGUACGCCUAUAUUCACAAGAAACAUGGCGACAGGUUGCUGGAUCUCAUGGACGUCAUCUUGUCUCACAAUUUAUUUCCCAUGUAGUGGACUACUAUGUAGAAGCAGCAGCUUCUGACAAUCAUGCAGUUCGUGAGGCAGCAUGUACCUGCAUUGCUGAAUUGGCAACCAAAGUGGAUGCAAGUGCCGUGCAACCAUAUGUCCCUCAUCUCUUAGAUACCUUGCUUAGGUGCUUCCAGGAUGACAGCUGGCCUGUUCGUGAUGCUGCAUGUCUAGCAUCUGGAAACUUUGUGAGCCAUUUCCCUGAAGAAUCUCAAAGCAAAAUGGAUGCAUUGUAUCCUCUUUUCUUCAAUAAUCUCCAGGAUAACAUUCCAUCCGUCCGUAUAGGAGCUGCAGUUGCUAUUGCAAGUGUGGUUAAAGUUUACAAACCUGAUGCUCUGAUUAUUGUGAUGGAGAGGUUAAAAUCAGGACUGAAGGGAAUCAAGGAUCAGCCCUCUGAAUCAGAGAAGUAUGGAGACCUUGAGAAGGGUCCUGCAGUGUAUGGAGUCAAAAAGAGGUUGAGAGACAAUGACAAGGAACUGCACACUGACAAGCAAAUGUAUUCCUGUGGUUCCCUGGCCCCAAAUAUGGGACGUGGAGGAGACUGCAUUGGUGGCCUUGAUAGAAACCUCAGAAGACCUCCCCAACCUUGGGAAAUGGCUGAUGGGUGUGUACAUCUGCUUGGAGAGUUGAGUCAGAUUUCUGAAGCAACAGGAUCCCUACCCACAGUUCUUCCUUUGCUGGCAGAAGCUGCACAGCAUCAUCACUAUGCUCAUCAUAUAUGUUUUCUGGAAACCCUUUGCAAACGCCUUCCUGGCAUUGCCCAAGGACUUGGCAAGAAGGUCUUCAAAUCUCACCUUGAACUCUUCUUUGAUCCUAUCUUCUAUGCCCUGGGAUGUGAAAAUGCUCUGGCAUGUAGUGCAGCAAGCCACUGCCUCCAACAGCUGAGUCAGUUCCUGGGUCCCAAGGUGCUCAAGGGACGGGUAGAAAACUACAACCCUAGCUAUUUGAAUCAACUGGAAGCAAAUGCAUACAUUGCCCCCUUCUGA